CAGUGCGCUAAACAACCGGGUUUUGUGCCAGAGUUGCUAAACAUCAUUGCCGAUGGGACUGUUCCUGAUCCUGUCCGUCAAUCAGCUGCAAUUUUUCUCAAAAUGUCGAUUAGUCGCUAUUGGGAGGUUAGCGACGACGAUGAUUCAGAGGAAGAUGCAGCUGAGCAGUGUUGCUUGUCUGAUGAAGAUAAAAAUGCUGUCAAAGCCAAUAUUCUCAAUACCAUUUGUGAAGCCAAUGAAGCGUCAAGAAUCCAGUUAUCGACUGCGAUACAGAACAUCGUUCGUAUGGACUACCCUGAUAAGUGGCCAGGUUUCAUGGAUCACCUUUUCACGAAAAUCUCGAAUCCAGCUAACGCAUCCGUCUUAUCUGCGGGUCUAAUGGUUCUAUACACAGUUGCCAAAGUUUACGAGUUCAAACGAAGCAAGGAUAAGGAAGUAAUCGCUGGGCCUAUUUCCAAAAUCGAACCUCUCGUUUUCUACCAUUGUAAUCAAAUGCUCAAUAAUCAAUCUGCUGAAGCUGUUAUUAUCAAGAAGCAGGGAUUGAAAAUUAUCUAUGUAUUGACCCAGUUCUCCAUUCAUUUUGGAAUGCUGCCGAUCGAGAGGCUUGAUGAUUGGAUUCAAUUCUCAAUAAGCAAUCUUUCUCAAGAGUGCCCGAGUGAGCUUAACAGUAUUGAAGACAGAGAGGAGCGUGCUCAUACAGUCUGGUGGAAAUGCAAGAAAUGGGCGAUAAAGCUAUUAGAUCGCAUUUUCGACAGG